CCCUCUUCUCGGGAAUACAUUUGAGGCAACGUGAGAGCCUCAUGUCCUCACACUUUCUGACACAUUAGAAAACCACCAUGGACCUUCACAAAAUCAUCCACGGUGCGUUGCACGAGUUCUUACAGACUUACAUCCCCGAUGCAGAUCUCAGCACACUGGACGAUGUCCUCCUGUCCUACAUCACUGGAGUCCUGGAAGAUCUUGGCUCCCAGCAAAGUGUGGAGGAGAACUUUGACGUGGAGGUCUUCGCCGAGAUGCUGGAAGCAUACAUUCCAGGAUUUGCAGAAAUUGAUAGUGUCAAAGUGUGCGAAAUGAUGUUUAGUCUGGCGUCCACGCUAGCGACAGCUCGCACCUCAGUGAACGGAGAAAAUAGUGUGCCAAAAGCAGAAGAAGGCCUAUUGAAAAUCGCCUCUCACCGGUCAAGCGAAGCCCCAACUGGCAGGGAAAUGCAGUGCCUACAAACACAGACAGAGGGCGCCACAGCCGAGCUUCCAGUAUCCGAAUUGGAAAGUCAAGAGCAGCACUUGCUGGAGAUGUUUCCCAAGUGCAGUCUGUCCGAGGCCCGCAGCGCUCUAUCUAUUGCCAAAGGGGACAUGGAGGAAGCCGUGCGCCUCAUCAUCGAGGGCGACGUCCAACUCAGUCCAACCCCGCUCAACAUAAAUCAUGGGAAGAAUAUCUCCUCUGUGGCGGAUCAGAAACUGAAAGAAAGCAUCCUUGAGAAGUACAUGCUGGUCGACAACGAAGAGGACAAGAAAACACAUCGACCCGUCGCUCCCAAAGAGGCUCCCAAAAAGCUCGUUCGCUACCACGGCAGCCAGGUGGUGAGCACCAAAGGGGAACGCUAUCAGGUGGUGAAGAAGAACGAGGCAGACGACAUGAAGAAGACGUACGUCAAUCUCAAGCCGACUCGCAAAUACAGAUUUCAUUGACAGCAUGGCGGCGAUUAUGCACUGAUAUGUCGAUUCAUUUUGUGUUUUAUUUAUACAAGUGCUCUGGUUUGAAUAGUAUUUUUUUUUCUUCCGCAAUAUCGUGAGCUUUUUUAACAAUGUUACCAUAUAUAGUGGUUUCCUGUUACAUUUCAUUUGAGUUUUGGUUGGAUGCAUAUUUUGUAAAACCCUUCACUUUUUAUUUUUGUUGUUGUUUUUUAAAUAGUCCUUAACUUUUUUUGAGUGUUGAAAUGGAAGCAACAAUUGUUCCAUUUGUGAUUUGCUACUUGCGAAUUUGCCCCUGCACCAAAGCCCUGUAUAAAGAAAAGUAGUGCUUUGGUGCCAUUUUAUGGCAUCUAUAUAGACUUAUGGAUCAUUCAUGGGGGAUUUACGACAACAAUUUGUCAAGUUUUAGUGGUGCUUUCCAUAUUUUCUUAAUUCAACAGCUUGUACUGUACAUAAGAGAUCACUGAUUUUUUCGUUUUUUUUUUUUUUUUUGGGCUGUGCCGCCAAAUCAGGAGACUGGAGACUGAUUUCUGAUCGUUUGCACAGUGGUUUCCCUCCAGAUAUUACACAUAUUAUUGUACAGUAUCUUGAACGAGUGUUUCCGAGGCACUCUGUAUUUUAGACUUGCGGGUAUAUUUAUUAUUAGAUGACAACUUUUCUAUUACUGUGCCAACACUCGGAUAAAAGAGUCGAGUCUGUAUAAGCUAAACGCGUCUCCAUGUCAUUUCAAUUGAGAAAUAGGAAAGAGGAAGAACAAAUGUUGGUGUGCUUGAUGAAAAACACGGUAAGAAUUGUGGUUUUAUCCAAAAGAAAACCUUUCAGAUAAAUAUAAAGCCACAAAAUUUGAAGACAGGUUUUUAAUUGAACAAUAAACUGGAUUAAAAGUAACAUUUAAAGAGGCCAAGAAAUUAUUUACAGCGGUGCCUUGAGAUAAUCGUUGAAUAAAUUCCAAGACCGUGCAUCUUCCUACAUUGAAAACCAUUUUUUUUUUUUAAUGACACAACUUGCAUACUCAUACUAUUUUCUUCGGUUGAAUGGACAUUUGUGUUGCUUCCCCGGGUGUGUGCACCUGGGACAGUUAUAACGCAUACAUAAUGAUUUUCAAAUAUAUAUGAAGACAUACAUAUUUUGCAAUUUACAAUCAGAUCGUUCGUCACAAGUUGUUUUUAAAGAAUUAUAUGACUGUGAGUAUUAUAUUAUCUGUCUAUGUGUUGCCUCACCGUUUGUGUUCAAAUAUCCAUUCUAACACCGCUACAGAGAUGCUACAUUAGACCGCUUACGGUGUUUCGCAUUGAGUUCGCUUUACCAUUAAGCUAACAGACUCAAAAGGAGUCGGGUAACUCGUAUCUCAAGGCACCACUGAAAUUCUCACAAUGCUGAGUGUGUACGUGUGUGUUGUGAAAACCUUCGGGAUGUAACUUGGUAAUCUUCAAUCAUGAUGAUUUUAUUUUUUAAACCAUUUGGAGUGAGCUGUUAGCCAAUGUUCCAACACUGGUCAAUUGUAUUUUUACUGGAUACUCUUUAUUUCCUAAUUAAAUAGCAGCGUUGUUGUCUGUGACUGACAUGAUGAUCGGUUUUACUGUAAUGCGUGCAGUGGAUAUUGGUUGAACUUGUAACGCCUCCUUGCUUAAAUGAAAACGCACAAUUUAUAGUAAAGACUAAUUUUGUAGACUAUAA